UUAUCCGGCCUCGCUAAGACGAGGAAUCUUUUGUGCAUCUUCUAAGGUCGGCGCACGUUUUGGCGGGAACCAGAAAUUCUGAGUUUUUGCCUCGUUUUCCCUACAAAGUUUUCCUCAGUGUAUCCGGCGCUUGUUGGGCGUGUUGGGGGGAGAGUUAGGAACUGCGUGUUGUUUUGUUUUCUUAAGAGAGGCUGCCGCUCAUUGUUCACCGGCUCCGCACCCUGUUUUUUCACUGCCACAAAAUGGCGCUUCCCUCCUCUCCUCCUCCCUUCCCCCCGCGGUGAGCGGAGAACCACAACAACCAACGGCUGCUUCCCAACCGUCGCCCCGCCCCCACGUGACAGAAUGGCCAAUCAGGAGGCAACGAAUGGCAGGCCUGUCCAAUGCACAGGUUCGCUUUCGGGGUUGGAUUGUCAGAACAACACAACAGGAGGUGGAUAGGGGCCGAGUGAUUGAUAGUCGCAUCGCCCAAUUGCUGGGCUGUGUCUCUGUACUCUCCGCCCAGGGGGUUCUGCCGAGCUCUCGAAGGGGCGUUCUUGGGUGAGAUGGUGAUGUCAGCGCCUCUUCCAGCCAAUCGGAAGGGAGCUAGCGUCUAUAUAAGGGCGGCCAGGGGCAGGCCGAGAGGCGCCAUUUCGCUGGAGCGGAGGAAGGAUCCUGGCCUAAGCGAAGGAGCGAGCGCGCGAGUGCGAGAAAGGGGUGGGCGGAAUCAAUCCAGAGCCAUCCUCGCCGGGCGGCCCCCAAUCACCGGCCAUCGUUGUAGCCACCAGUUCGGCGGAUCCUCCUCCCGGCUUCCGUAGCGGCUAUUUCCCCCGCCCAGCCAGCCCACCCCAAGAGAGCAAAGGUGGAGUGCGACCAGUAAUCCCAGUACAAUCCACUGGCAUCCGCCUCUCAGACUGCGACGAUUCGCUCGGCGACCGGUGCCUCCGGACGCGGCAGGCUCCGAGGAGACCGGAUAGCCCUAUAUUGCUGGCAUCUCUGCGAAGUCGGAACUCCCUGGGGGCUUGCAAGAGGGGCUCCAACAUUGCCCUCCUUCAUCUGAAAAGCCGCCAUUUUAAUAGAUUUUUAUUCUAAUUCCUCCGCCGCGAGAGCGGCCUCGGCCGGAGGAAGAACAGGCCGGACCCCUGUCCCCAACCCCGCCAUGCAGUGAUUGGCAAUAAAAGCCUUUCAGGUCCGGCCCUCCCGCGCAGGGGAGGGAAUGCGCCCCUGAGGGAGGCCUUGCUUUCUUCCCCCGCGAAGCCAAGCUACUCAAGCAAAGUGGGGGGGUUCCCCGAGGCCACGGAGGCGCCGGCGGCUGGAGCGGGACCGUCCCGGGAGAGAGCCGGGCCCCCGGGAGCUGGUGCUGUUCCUGCAGGCAUGUUGCAGAACGUGAACCCCAACGGCAAGAUCCUUGGGGAGGGCAAUGUGGGUCUCGUGGGCCUGGCGUUGGAGUCCACACCAGGGAAGCGGAUCCGCAAGCCAUCACUCCUCUACGAGGGCUUUGAGAGCCCCACCAUGGCUUCUGUCCCAGCUCUUCAGCUGGCCCAAGCCAACCCACCUCCUCCAGAGGUCUCCAACCCCAAGAAGCCAGGCAGGGUCACCAAUCAGCUGCAGUACCUCCACAAAGUGGUGAUGAAAGCCCUCUGGAAGCACCAGUUUGCCUGGCCCUUCCGUCAGCCUGUGGAUGCUGUCAAGCUUGGUCUUCCGGACUACCACAAGAUCAUCAAACAGCCGAUGGACAUGGGCACCAUCAAGCGAAGAUUGGAAAACAACUACUACUGGAGCUCGGCUGAGUGCAUGCAGGACUUCAACACCAUGUUCACCAAUUGCUACAUCUACAAUAAGCCCACUGAUGACAUUGUGCUGAUGGCCCAAACCCUCGAGAAGAUCUUCCUGCAGAAGGUGGCCCAGAUGCCUCAGGAGGAGCAGGAGAUUGUGAUCACUGUGGCCAAGAACAGCCACAAGAAGGGGGCCUCCCGGGCAGCAGCACUCCUCGCAGCAGCCAGUGCAGCUGCCCAGCAAGUGCCGGCCAUUUCUUCAGUGUCCCACACUCAGCUCUUCCCAACAAGCACAGACAUCCCCACCACAGUCGUCAAUAUCCCUCACCCAUCAGUGAUCUCCACGCCUCUCCUCAAGCCGCUGCACUCCACUGCCGCCUCCCAGCCAGUACUUGCGGUGCCGGCCCCCACGCAGCCUGUAGCCAAGAAGAAGGGCGUCAAGCGGAAAGCAGACACUACGACCCCCACACCGACCGCCAUCAUUGCCACCAGUGGUGGAGAGUCUUCUCCCUCAGCCGCCCUGCUGGAAGUCAAGGCAGCCAAGAUCCCCGCCCGGCGGGAGAGUGGGCGCCCCAUCAAGCCGCCCCGCAAAGACCUGCCUGACUCGCAGCAGCACCAGACGUCCAAGAGGGGCAAGCUCUCUGAGCAACUCAAGUACUGCAACGGCAUCCUCAAGGAGCUGGUGUCCAAGAAGCACGCUGCCUACGCCUGGCCCUUCUACAAGCCAGUCGAUGCCUCCGCUCUGGGUCUCCAUGACUACCAUGAGAUCAUCAAGCAUCCCAUGGACCUCAGCACCAUCAAGCGCAAGAUGGAGAACCGGGAUUACCGGGAUGCACAGGAGUUUGCUUCCGAUGUGCGGCUGAUGUUCUCCAACUGUUACAAGUACAAUCCCCCUGACCACGAUGUGGUGGCCAUGGCUCGUAAACUGCAGGAUGUCUUCGAGUUCAGCUAUGCCAAGAUGCCAGAUGAACCCAUAGACAUCCACCCCCCCUCCACAUCACUCCCACAGCCAGGGCUCCUGAUGAAGUCCUCCACAGACGAGUCUUCCAGCGACGACGAGGACGAUGAGGAGGGGGACGAAGACGAGAGCAGCAGCGAGAGCUCAUCAGACAGCGAGGAAAGCUCAGACUCUGAAGAGGAGCGGGCCAACCGGCUAGCUGAGCUUCAGGAACAGCUGCGGGCCGUGCAUGAGCAGCUUGCCGCACUUUCCCAGGGACCAGUCUCCAAGCCCAAGAAGAAACGCGACAAGAAGGAGAAGAAGAAGAAAAAGAAAUUGGAGAAGCGCAAAGUCAAAGGGGGCGACGAGGAGCCCCGGGCUCACCAGGUCCAGCUCAAAAAGUCAAAGAAGGCAGCUGGCGGCAGCGGCGGCAGCAGCAAGAACUCCAAGAAGGCCAGCGUGAAGGCCUUGCCUCCCCCAGCCCCCAUGCUGUACGACUCGGAGGAGGAGGAGGAGAGCAAGCCCAUGACCUACGACGAGAAGCGCCAGCUCAGCCUCGACAUCAACAAGCUGCCGGGGGAGAAGUUGGGCCGCGUGGUACACAUCAUCCAGUCGCGGGAGCCCUCCCUACGCGACUCCAACCCGGAAGAGAUUGAGAUUGACUUUGAAACCCUCAAGCCCUCCACGUUGCGGGAGCUGGAGCGCUACGUGCUGUCAUGCCUACGCAAAAAGCCUCGCAAGCCCUACAGUGAGACCCUAAAGAAGCCGGUGGGCAAGACGAAGGAGGAGCUGGCCUUGGAGAAAAAGCGGGAGCUGGAGAAGCGCUUGCAGGAUGUCAGUGGGCAGCUGAAUUCAGCCAAGAAGCCCCCCAAGAAAGCCAACGAGAAGCCGGAAUCUGCCCAGCAGGUGGCCGUCUCCCGCCUGAGCGCCAGUAGCUCCAGCUCCGACUCGAGCAGCUCCAGCUCCUCCUCCUCGUCCUCCGACACAAGCGACUCCGACUCGAGCUAGGCGGACUGGUGUGGGCAAGAGCAGACUGGGCAGGCCACGGGCGGGAAGUGUGUGCAGAAGAGGUUCUGCAGGACCAGAACUGGAGACGACGAGUGCACGAGGGACUCCCCCCUCCCUCCCCAGCUAGGCACAGGGAGGGGGCUGGCGGCCAGCUUCCCUGUUCCCUCCUUCGGACCGUGGGCCAAGAGCUGGCCCUGCUGUGUUUGUGCUGUGGCAUGGGGUGGGGCACCCUGGCUCUGUACAGUUUGCCUCAGCCAGGGGGUGGGGCAGUGGUUUUACUGUUUUGGUUGAAUCAAAAAAGGAAAAAAAAAACUUGUGGUUUUUAUAAAAAGCAUUUAGCAAGUUUGGUUUGUGAGGCUCCCUCCCCAGAGGGACUGCCGUGGGGUGUGUGCCCCAGAUGCUCGGACAGAGCCCUGAGCAGAGACGAGACUCUGGCAGGGGAAGAGUUGCCUCUUCCGCCUUCUCGCCGGUUGAAGUUCUUUUAUUUAUUUUAAAUUUCCCCCCAUUGGUGAGUUUCCCUGGGAUCUGGCGUGAGUGCAGCUGUGAACUGUGUCUGGGCAGAAGCGAGAGGCAGCAUGCUCUUCACCCCUCGAGGGAGGUUGCGAGGGGCGGGGGGGCCCUCGAGUUUUUUUAUGUUUGAACUGUAUACAUGUUUUGUUUUUUUCUACUCUUCCUCUUAUUUCCCCCCCCCCACCCCUGUCCAUCUUCUAGGGCUGUUUCAUCUUGCUGUAUGUUAACCCUUCUGGUUAUUUGACAUGUAAAUAAAACAUUAUGCAGACUGA